GUCAUCUGGUUUAACUAUUUUUAACCAGAAGAUCAAAGCAAUUGAUCAACAAGAAUGUCAGGCUAAUGCAACAUAGUUGCCAAUAAGGUUAAAUAGGAAAUUCAGCCACUAAUUGAUAAAUUACAAAAUAAGAAAAAAAGGGGUAGGCAAUUUUAGAUAUCUUAAAUUGGGAAAACAACCUUCGCGAGAGAUGUGACAUCCCUUGGCGAUAAUUGCCCGCUUGCAGGGCUGGCAGCUGCCAAAACAAUUGGCAAAUAUCUUUCCAACCCAUAAGUCCCAUCCAGAUGUUUUGCAAACAUUUUGUUUAAAAAAUAAAUUGCUAUUUCUACAGUAGCUUGUAAAAGCUUAUAAUCAGUUCCGAAAGAGAGUUUGAAACUGCAAGUCGCUGAAAACGGUUCUAGUCAAUGACAAAACGCUUGAUGGAUUUUAGUCAGGUUCUGGAUAAGUGUGGAAACUAUGGAAGAUUUCAAGUAGUGAUCCUUCUGCUGUACGGCUACACCAAUAUUCUGGGAUCCCUGCACUACUUUUCGCAGACCCUCAUCACAUUUACACCCGAACAUUGGUGCUCCCAUGCUGACCUCGAGGGUCUCAGUGUGAAGGAGCUGCGAGCAAUAUACUCAAACAUCUCCGAAUCAUCCUGCACACCACUCUUGGGCGUGGUUAACGGCAUGGGCGUAGUGGCAGAGGAUCGCAAAUGCAGGGAUUGGAUUUUCCAGAGGGAGAAUGGCUACGAAAGCAUCACUACCGAGCUCAAAUGGGUAUGUGACAAAUCCCAUUACCCGGCAGUGGGCCAGUCGUUCUUCUUCAUGGGAUCUGUUUUGGGCACCAUAACCUUUGGCUAUCUCUCGGAUCGCAUAGGUCGGCUGCCAUCCCUGCUAAUGGCCACCUUGUUUGGAGCCACUGGUGACUUCAUGAUCUUUGUGCACACCCUGCCAUGGUUUGCCUUCUCCAGAUUCGUGUCGGGAUUAUCCACGGAUACCAUGUACUAUCUCAUGUACAUUUUGGUCUUCGAGUACCUGAGCCCGAAAAGUCGCACCUUUGGGCUCAACAUCAUCCUGGCUGUGUUCUACUGCUUCGGACUGAUGACCUCGCCCUGGAUCGCCAUGUGGAUUGGCAACUGGCGUCGCUACCUCUGGCUGGCAUCUCUGCCAGCUCUGGGAGUGCUCAUCUAUCCGCUGCUGAUCUGCGAAAGUGCCCAGUGGCUGCUGACCAAGAAGAGGUACGAUGAGGCGGUGGCCUGCCUGAAGCGAGUGGCCAAGUUCAAUGGUCGCCAGGUGGAGGAGACGGUUUUCGAUGAGUUCGUCAAGCACUAUCGGGAAAGAGCUCAACAAGAUUACAAACUUAGCAGCCAGGAGGACACUUUCCUAGCCAUGUUUAUGACCCCACGACUGCGUCGCUUUACUUUGACAUUGCUCCUGAAGUCGGUCAUCAUAACCCUCUCCUGCGAUGUGAUCAAUCGCAAUAUGGAGGGUCUGGGCACUUCGCCCUUUAAGCUCUUCUCCUUCACCUCGAUCGUUUAUUUGCCGGCGGGAGUGGCCAUCCUGCUGCUGCAGAACAAGAUCGGACGCAAGGGCAUGGCCUGCUCCGCCCUUUUUGUGGGAGGGUUCAUCACCACGACGACGGGUUUUCUGAUAGCCAACCUGGAUCCCACGGAGAACGCUCUGCUUCUGGCCAUUAUGGUGGGUCUCGGUCGCUUUGGAGCCACCGUUUCGUACGAUGCGGAGAUCCAAUAUGCGGCAGAGAUCAUACCCACAAGUGUGCGAGGUCAGGCGGUGUCCAACAUCCAUGUGGUUGGAUUGGCCUCCAGCUCACUGGCUUUCUAUGUGAUCUACCUGGCCCAGUUCUACAAGCCCCUCCCCUCGAUCUUCAUCAGCUGCCUGAUGUUCUUUGGUGCCGGACUUUGUCUUACUUUGCCCGAGACCUUAAACAAGAAACUACCCGAAACUUUGGCGGAUGGGGAAAAGUUUGCCAUGGACGAGAGCUUCCUUUACUUUCCUUGCUUUCGCAAAAUACAAAAAAAUAUUGGUACUGAAAGUGUGUAACUCGAAAU